AUGGCUCCUCCUGCAGUCUACCUGCCAGAACCGCACGCAACCAAUCAGAGGAAGCGUUCCACCCAGUCCGACUCAGCGCUGCUGCCGAGCGACGUGUACUUUCAGCACACUCCAUCCCCUGCCUUCCAAAAACCUGGCUGCAGGAUAGGAAGCAAGGAGGAGGAAAUGAACAGGACUCUGGACCAAGCCAUCGAGGCCGCUCGCAGCAUGAAGAGGACAACGGACCGCAUGGCCAAGAGACUGACGGCAGACCUGGCUAAAGCUCAGCUCCUCCCGCAGCAACAUUCCGCCACGAGGGUAGCCCCUGAGGUGCCCGGCGUUGUGCGGGCCUACUCCAAGCAUAGCGACAGCAUCACUGUGGAGUUUGCAGAAGUUGCCGGGGCAACCAGCUACAACCUGAGGGCAGUGUUUCAGAGCGGUGAUUUCUUCUCCGAAAGUGUAGUGAGCAGCUCCCCAGCCACCGUGGUUGGGCUUCAGCCCUAUACCAACUACAGGCUGAGCGUCAUGUCAAUCAACUCGGGAGGGCGGAGCCAACCUUCACACCCCAUCCAGGUCAAGACAGUGGUUAUGGCACCUGAGUUGAGCACCUCUUCCCCUGAUGAUGAUACCAUCCUGGUCACUUGGUCCCCCGUUGACUACGCCAUCCUCUACACGCUUUGCAUCAUCCGGCAAGGCUCCAGCACACGCCUCAAGGUCAACACCACAGACCACAACAUGACCUUUGGUGACCUUGAGGCUGGCACAACUUACUGCAUCAAGGGUGAAGCGUGGGACUCUGAGGGUCGUGCCGGUGACUACCUCACUGUGUGCCAGAUCACACGUCCACCACGUCCCGAUUUGGUCCACAUCCAGGUGACACUGGGUGGGUCCCUCGGCAUCGUCGUGCACUGGAUGUUAGUGCGAGGAGCUGAGGACUAUCUGGCUUGGAGCACGACUGGGCAGAACUGUACAAGCACAGGCAGUAACCACUGUUACAUCAGUCCAGUGGGAUGUGGUCAGAAUCACUCCAUCUCUGUCACCGCUUUCAACUCGGCUGGACCCAGUUCCCCUUCACCUCCAGCUGAUUACAUUACAUACCCAUGUCCCCCAGACAACAUCUGGGUGGAGGAAGCUCAAGCUGACAACUGCUCAGUCAUGUGGGAUGAGGUACCAGUCGUGGAGUACUAUAUGGUUUUCAUAAAGAGGGACGACGGUACCGAGAAGUCGUGCAACACCACUAGAACCAGCUGCCACUUCCUGUGUGUGUGUGGUCAUACCUACCUUACCAGCGUCUUCCCCUACAACCAGGCUGGCUCCAGUCCCUUCGCACAUGUGCAGAACUACACCACCAUUCCAUGCUGCCCGGAGGGUGUUUCUUUAAAGUCUGUUUCGACAGAGACCCUGAAGAUCACGUGGUUACCGGUCAAAGGGUCAGAGCUUUACCAGACGACAGCGAAGCAGGUUGACGAGGUCAUCCACUGUAAUGACACGGCGCCGGUGUGCGCGCUGUCCGAUUUGAGGUGCAAUGGGGUUUAUUCCGUGGUGGUCGCGGCAUGUAGCGAGCUACGAGGGUGCAAUAGCACUUGCCCGCCACACACGCACGAGACAGCUCCGUGUUCACCAGAGAUUCGGACUAUAAUGCAGUUCAACCAGUCCUCAUACAAAGUCCAAUUCACCACCCCAAAUACCCAAAAUACAAAUUACACCAUCAUUGCCACCGGGCGCGAUGAUAAACACACAUGCCAUGGAAGAAACACUUCCUGUGAGCUAACCCAGUUGCCCUGCGGUUCAAAGUUCGAGGUCACAGCCGUGGCUACCACAACGGCGGGACGGAGUCUUCCCGGAUACAGUGAAAUUUUAGAAACAGGUCCUUGCUGCCCUACGUCUAUGAAUGUCACCCAGGUCACGCAGGCCAUGACCAACGUGACCUGGUCAACCGGACGAGGAGCUCGCUCCUACACUGCGACGCUGACUUCGUCACACGGACACGCCAAGUGUCACACCACCGAUAUCCAUUGCUUGAUGGGAUGUAUCAGCUGCGGGACCAACUACAGCGUGAACCUGGAAACUAUCAGCAGCUCUGGACACACGUCCGAGUGCAAAUAUCACGGUUUCUCAUCAAGUGCUUGUUGCCCGACCAAUAUCAAACUGUAUCGUUGGGCAAACAACUCCCUAAGGGUGUACUGGCACUCAACAUGGACGCCCCAGCAGCACACGGUGGAGCUAUACGGGACAGCUGCCAAUUACACGUGCUUGGCGGAUGACAACAGCAAAUUCUGCGACAUCCAGGAGGAAAGAUGCGGGGAUGUCUACACGGUGGUGGCGGCGCCGGUUGGACCCGGUGGAGUCAAAGUCAACUUCUGUCAGCAGAGGACAUAUUCAGUUCCCUGCCCAGGAUUUAACGGUGGCAUUGUGAUAUCUCGCGGAAGAAGAAGCAUAAAAUAA